UGAAUUUUCGACGACACACUUCUGCAAAAUAUCUUACCUUCGGAUACCCUAUAAUACUAGAUAAUUAUUAAUUUAUACCUCGAAUGUUUUUAUAGCGUUAGUCUUUCAUAGCUGGGAAUUAAAAUCGUUUGUACAAGUUUUUUAGAAAAACAAACCAUAAAAAAGAAACUUUGACAAGUGUACCCUUUUUGUAAAAAUAAAAUAGAAAAAGUCGAUGAAUGUUCAGAAAAGUUAAUAAAAAUCUCUAAUUAUUUGAAAUAUUGUGUUAUUAGUUUAUAUGUGGAUUUUUGACGUAACUUAUUAUGCGUGAGAUGCCUUUGUAUAUAUUUCUCAUUGGAUAUUGAACAUAUUUUUAAAAAGAAUCUUUCCCUCUUGUGCUAUUAAAAUUGAAAUUGCAAUUUGUGGGAACUAUUACUUCCAAGUCGAUUUUCCGGAAUUGAAUUUUUUUAAAAAUAUAGGAACGUCUUAAGACUUUUUUAAACUUUAGUUUGGGACAACGUCUUUUCAGCAAAAGAGUGCCGCCGUACUCUGGUGGCGGGCAGAGGAAAGGUUUUGAGACGUUAAGACUUCGAGAUUGGUUAAAAAUUCUCUGCACUUGAUUUCCCAAUAAUAACAAGGAUCGAAAAAAAAAAUUGUGGCAUAGAGGGCGUGCCCCCUCCCUGCUGCAACCAGAAGUGAGGCAUAGGUUCGUGUAAGUUAGAUGAUCUCUCCACUUCAUUCCGUAUUCCACUUAACGGUGUCCUAUCGCAUUUGUAAAACUUAAAUACUAAACGGAUAAGAAAUAAUAAAUUAGCGCUUUCCCUCAUAAAGUGAGCUUCCAAAAUUACAAUUAAUUUUUAAGAAUUACAAUUUGAUUAUGAAAUGCUGCAAGUAUUUAAAAAUGGUAGCUCGUUACGAUAAAAAAAAAGUUCGUUGCACGCUUCGCUAACUUCAAAUGUAAACAAUUGCUCUCGGUUAAAAUCUGUUAGGUCACGAGAAAAAUGGCGAAGUUUUAGAAAGAGCAUAAAUGUUAAUAGAAUAGGAAUGAAAGAUGAGAUAUAAAAAUUUAGUAUUCAUUUUGGUUAUACUAUAUAUGUUCGUCGCAGUGUUAUGUAGAGAGUCUAAAGCGAAAGAAAAAAAUCAAGUUACACAGGAAGGGAAGAACAGCGAUGAGAAAGCGAGCCACAAUCCAGAAAAACCAGCAGGCUCGACAAAUACCUCGGAAGACUAUGAUACUACCCAGGGGUAUCCAAUUUUGUUUCCAGAAACUCACAUGAUGAGUUUAAAGAGAAACCUUACGUCACGUCCUAAUAUAUCUUCUAAAGCUGAUGCUGACAUUGACAUAGAUUUUGAGAAACUACAAAACAAAAGUAAUGUAUCCACAGGUGAUAAUGGAAAAUGUUCAAAAUCCGUCGAUCUUUUAUUUUUACUGGAUAGUUCAGAAAGUGUGAAGUAUGCGAACUGGAAAAUUAUCAUACAGUUUGUGAAAGAUUUAUGCAAUCGUUUUCAACUGCAUUCCACACGUGUUGGGGUCAUCAGAUACGCUUCAGAAGCAGAGGUGGCGUUACCACUCACUGAAUUUAAUAAUACUGGAUCACGUGAUAGGGCUAUUGAUGAUAUAUUUUAUAAAACGGGGGGUACAAGAACAGAUAUAGCUUUGAAGAAAGCAGCUGAAUUGUUAAAUGUGGAAGAUCAAAGAAGUCAAGUUCUAAUGUUGGUGUCUGAUGGACCAACGAAUAGAUUGGAGAUUGACAAGAAUCAUUUUGUAGAAGGUAAAGAUUUAGUAGCUGGUCCAGCUGAUAGACUCAAAGAAAAUGGAGUUGCGUUAUUUUGUAUUGGAGUUGAGCCUGACAGUGAGACACCCGAAGAAAUCGACACGAUGAAAGAGGAAAUGGGUGUCAUCGCUUCUGAGCCUACAAAAAUGCAUUUGUUUAUGUCUGAUGGCUAUCGUGAACUGGAAAGAAAAACUGACUUGAUUAGCAAAGCAGCAUGCGUGGUCAAUGGAGCUUGGAGUUUGUGGUCAGAGUAUAGUCCAUGCAGCGUAACAUGUGGAUAUGGUACAAAAGUACGCAUGCGCACAUGUUCAAAUCCCAGCCCAGAAAAUAACGGUGCUGAUUGUACAGGGCCAAGAGUUGAAAUUGAAGAAUGUGAUUUGGGACCUUGUACAGUAGGCCAAGCAGAUAACAAAUAUGCGACGGUUAGCGUACGUUUACCUCCACUCGAAGAAAAACAGGUAACAGGCAAAGAAUCGCAGGCGACAGGAAAAGAAACGCAGACGGAAAGCAAAGAUACACAGACGAAAGUAAAACAAAAUGGUGAGAAAAUCAACAAAACGAUGGAGAGUGUCGUUAAUAAUAGUACGAACAGUACAAAUAAUGUACAACACAAUUCAACAUUAGAAAAACAAAGAUUGUUACUUCAAGCAAACUUAACCUUGAAUGGCACAGAUCAAAAGAAUGACUCUUCAGGCAAGCCAAUUGUGAUCAAAUGGUUUGAAAACUCAACUUUAGAUCUUACAGAUGGAAACAAAACUAAACCUCAUGCCAAUGAAUGUUACGAGGGAUUAGAAGAAUUGAAGUUAGACGACAAACAGUACAACGCUUCUUCUGUUUACACGCACGAUACUGAUGAUGAAUACAUCAAGAAAGAGUAUGCACCACCAAACGCCAAAUUGAACAAUGAAAUCAACGGAGGGGGCUGGUGCGCGGAACACAAAUACGCAGCCACGGGUGAUAAAAAUCAAUAUCUACAAUUUGAUCUUGGAAAGCAAAUGACCAUAGACGCCGUGGCCACACAAGGAAGUCAUUUGUUAGAAAAUUGGGUUAAAAGCUAUAAUUUGAGAUACAGUGAUGACGCAAUCAGUUGGGAAUACUAUUCAAAGAAUCCGUUAGUUGGAAACAAGGACCGCACUGGUAUCCAGAAGAACAUGUUAUCGCCUCCUGUUGAUGCUCGUUACAUACAACUGAACCCCAUUGAGUGGAACGAACAAAACGAGCCAGAGAAACACGAUAUUUGCAUGAGGGCGGCGUUAUAUAAAUGUAGAGAAGGAGCAGUUGCGCCUGUAUCCAAGCGUGGAAUUAUUCAUUCUAAAUUUGAAACAAAUGUCAAACACAAUCAAUUGAGACAAAUACCACGUGGAGUUGUGCUGAAAGAAAGAGAAUGGUCGCACUUACCAGAUCAAAAAACUACAUUAACUUUAUUAGGUUACGAUCGAAAGAAAAGACAAGUUCAUCCACAUUUCCAUCACAAAGGUCAUAAACGUAUAUUUAAAAAAUUAAGAAAGACUGCGAAAAACAUUAUGAGAAAUUUGCGCAAAAAGCUACAUUAGCGCAAAACGUUAGUAGUCGGUGAUAUUAUUAUUUUGGUAAUGUUUUAUAUAUCUUUAUUUUUUAAUUUUGUAAAUAAAACCACAUGAUCUUGCGAUUAUCCAAAA